UUUUAUUAAUAAACAGUAAACACAAACACUGUCUUCUUCGUCUUCUCAGAUCUGCCAGCUCUGUCACUGAGCGAGAUACAAAGAAAACCCGCUAUUCGCCAUGGACAUGGCGAUUAGGGUUCCGAUUCUUCUUCUACUCUUUUUGGCUUUCAUAACGCCUAUAUUUUCGCUUUACGAAGAUCAAGUUGGCCUCAUGGACUGGCAUCAACAGUACAUAGGGAAAACGAAGCAAGCUGUAUUUCAUACUCAGAACACUGGGAGGAAGCGUGUUGUGGUAUCCACCGAGGAGAAUGUUAUCGCCUCACUUGAUCUACGCCACGGAGAGAUUUUUUGGAGACAUGUUCUUGAACCAAAGGACGCUGUCAAUGGAAUUGAGAUUGCCCUGGGAAAAUAUGUCAUUACACUCUCCUCAGAGGGAACUAUCUUGAGGGCAUGGAAACUUACUGAUGGGCAGAUGGUGUGGGAAACUUAUCUACCGGGCAAUCAGCAGUCAAAGUCAUUAUUAGUGGUGCCUUCCAAUUUGAAAGUUGAGAAGGACAAUUUGAUCCUCGUUUUUAGCAAAGGAUGUCUCCACGGCAUUUCAAGUAUAGAUGGUGAGGUGCUUUGGAAGAGAGAUUUUGCAGCUGAAAGUGUACAGGUUCAGCAGGUUAUUCAGCAUCUUGACAAUGAUAUAAUCCAUGUGGUAGGAUUUACUGGUUCUUCUCAGUUUAAUGCAUACCAAAUAAGUUUGAAGAGUGGAGAGCUGUUGAAGCAUGAAAGUGCAGUCUCUCCUGGCGGUUUUGCUGGGGAAGUUUCAGUAGUUUCAAGUGGCAUCCUCGCUACAUUGGAUGCCAGUAGGAAAAUUUUGGUAACUAUACACUUUCUGGACGGAGAAAUUAGCUUUCAACAGACGUACAUCUCAAAUCUCGUGGAGGGUUCCUUGGGGAUGGUGAUGAUACUACCAUCUGUACUUCCUGGGAUGGUGGUUGUGAAAAGUGAUGGACUUACAAUAUUUAUGAGGGUGACAGAUGAAAGGAAGUUGGAUGUGGUGGACAAAGUUAAUCAUGCAGCAGCUGUUAGUGAUACUCUUUCAUUCUCGAAGGGCCAGCAAGCAUUUGCACUGGUUCAGCAUGGAGGUGAUGAGAUUCAGCUCACAGUAAAGGUUGUUCAUGACUGGAAUAAUGAUUUGCUUAGGGAGAGCAUUAAGUUGGACCACCAUAGAGGGCUUGUUCAUAAGGUUUUCAUAAACAAUUAUAUCAGAAUGGACAAAUCUCAAGGAUUUAGAGCCUUGGUUGUUAUGGAAGAUCAUUCACUGUUGUUAUUACAGCAAGGGGAAGUUGUCUGGAGUAGGGAGGACGGCCUUGCCUCAAUAAUAGAUGUAACGGCAUCCGAGCUUCCUGUUCAAAAGGAAGGUGUGUCAGUGGCAAAAGUGGAGCACAACCUAUUUGAAUGGCUCAAGGGACACAUCCUGAAGUUAAAGGGAAGCUUGAUGCUCGCAAGCCCUGAAGAUGUGGCUGCCAUACAAGAGAUUAGGCUUAAAAGUUCUGCGAAGAGCAAAAUGACCCGAGACCACAAUGGUUUCCGGAAGCUGCUCAUAGUUCUCACUAAAGCUGGUAAACUUUAUGCGUUGCACACAGGAGAUGGACGGGUUGUGUGGUCUCUGUUACUGCAGUCGCUACAUAAAUCACAAGCGUGCGAACAUCCGACUGGGCUUAAUCUAUAUCAGUGGCAGGUUCCGCAUCAUCAUGCACUGGAUGAGAAUCCGUCUGUUCUUGUUGUUGGCAGGUGUGGACCCAGCGCUGAAGCACCUGGUGUAGUUUCUUUUGUUGAUACUUAUACAGGAAACGAGCUUAGUUAUAUGAGUCUUGCGCACUCUGUUACGCAAGUCAUACCGCUACCAAUUACAGAUUCGACUGAGCAACGUCUUCAUCUACUCGUAGAUGUUGACAACCAUGUGCAUCUGUAUCCAAAAACUCAAGAGGCUCUUGGUAUAUUUGAACGCGAGUUUUCAAAUAUAUACUGGUAUUCAGUUGAGGCUAAUAAUGGGAUUAUUAAAGGGCAUGUAUUGAAAAGCAAUUGCAUAGGUGAAUUAGACAAUGGUUACUGCUUUGACUCAAGGGACAUAUGGUCUGUUGUAUUCCCUUCAGAGUCAGAAAAGAUCAUUGCAGCUGUGACAAGAAAAUUGAACGAGGUGGUUCAUACACAAACAAAAGUUAUUGGGAACCAAGAUGUUUUAUAUAAAUACUUAUCGAAUAAUGUACUUUUUGUGGCAACUGUUUCACCAAAGGCCAGUGGUGAUGUUGGAUCAGCAACUCCGGAGGAGUCAUGGUUGGUUGUAUACAUUAUUGAUACUGUAACUGGUCGCAUAUUGCAUCGCAUGACCCACUAUGGUUCACAUGGUCCUGUCCGUGCGGUCUUCAGGGAGAACUGGAUUGUCUAUCACUAUUUUAAUCUUAGGGCACACAGAUAUGAGAUGUCAGUUAUUGAAAUUUAUGAUCAAUCUCGAGCGGAUAACAAAGAUGUCUGGAAGCUUGUUCUUGGAAAGCAUAAUCUGACAUCGCCCAUGUCCUCAUAUUCUCGACCGGAAGUGAUAACUAAAUCACAAUCUUACUUUUUCACCCAUUCUGUGAAAGAAAUAUCAGUGACAUCAACUGCCAAGGGUAUAACAUCGAAGCAGCUUCUUAUUGGUACAGUUGGAGAUCAGGUUCUGGCACUUGAUAAGCGUUUCCUAGACCCCCGCAGAUCAAUUAACCCCACUGAAGCAGAGAAAGAAGAAGGACUGAUUCCUCUGGCUGAUUCAUUGCCUAUUAUUCCUCAGUCCUACGUAACGCAUUCCCUUAGGGUGGAAAAUCUCCGGGGCAUAGUAACAGUGCCUGCUAAGUUGGAGUCAACAACUCUCGUCUUUGCUUAUGGAGUCGAUCUCUUUUUUACACGGCUUGCACCCUCGAGGACCUAUGACUCACUCACAGAGGAUUUUAGCUAUGCCUUGUUGCUCAUUACGAUUGUUGCACUUAUUGCUGCAAUCUUUGUGACAUGGAUUUUGUCUGAGAGGAAAGAGUUGCAAGAGAAGUGGAGGUGAGUUAGACUCUCUAAUUUUAUUUGUGCCCUGACAAAAUUUUGUGUAUUAUCCUUUUUAAGCUUUGUUUUGUACUAGAUAGAUGCGAGGUCCAAUCCAAGCUCUGUAAUUUUCCUAAUCUUGUAGUAUGCAGCCUUUCAAUGACAGGCUGACAGCUCUUUCGUCAUUUAUACGGAACGAAAUACUAAACUCUGUGACCUUGUGUUGCAAACCUAAAAUUUGAAGGAUGUUUUGGAUCACUAA